GGAAUGAACCUAUCAGGGAGCAGGAUUUGGUAGCGAAUUAGAAAGCUGCUUACAGUUUGGUCUAGGAAGUGCUUUCAGCCUGCAGGUCACACUCUUUUCUUGCCAAGAACUAGAGAUGACCUCUGCAGAAGAAUCAAUCUCUGAUACAAUUGAUAUUCAUGAACAAGGAGAACAAACAAUUGAAAUCCAUCCAGGUGAGAGGACUGAGCCAAACCCAGCUCUUCUGGAGAGCACAGAGGAUUUUGAAAUAAUAGACAGCGCAGUGGAAGAAGAUGAUCUGAGCGACCUUCCACUUCUGGAGGAUGUAGAUAAGAAGGAGAAGCCUGCAGCAGACAAUGAUUUAAAUACACAACAGACAGUUGCAAAAGAGGAGGAAGAAUGGCUGGAUGUUCUAGGUAAUGGGAUCUUGAAAAAGAAGAUUUUAAUCUCUGGAAAGGGUGCUGACAGUAGACCAAGAAAAGGACAGGAUGUUACCGUGGGGCUAAAGUCCAUGCUGGAGGAUGGAAAUGUAGUAGAAGAACAAGAAACUCUUACCUUUACACUGGGAGAUGGAGAUGUCAUUCAGGCCCUGGACCUGUGUGUUCAGCUCAUGGAGGCAGAAGAAACUUCGCUCAUUGCAUCAGAUGCCAAGUACUGUUAUGGAAAGGAAGGCAGGAGUCCAGACAUUCCACCCAACUCCAACUUGAACCUUGAAGUGGCCUUGCUGGAUGUUCAGGAUGGACCAGAUCUGGAGAACCUUUCUGGACAGGAGAAGCUGAAUUUGGCCAACAAGAAACGGGAACGGGGCAAUUUCUAUUACCAGCAAGCAGACUAUGUUUUUGCUAUAAAUUCCUAUGACAUCGCACUGAAUGUUGUGAAUUCAAGCUCCAAAGUUGAAUUCAGCUUAGAAGAAGAAGCAUCCCUACUGGAUGUCAAAAUUAAAUGUCUGAACAACCUAGCUGCAUCUCAGCUGAAAUUAGACCAUUAUGAGGCUGCCCUGAAAUCUUGUAACAUGGUGUUGGAGCAUCAGCCUGAAAAUAUUAAGGCUUUGUUCCGAAAAGGAAAGGUGUUGGCACAGCAAGGGGAGUACAGCGAUGCUAUAACUAUCCUAAGAAAGGCCUUGAAAUUGGAGCCUGCCAAUAAGACAAUCCAUGCUGAACUUUCCAGGCUAGUAAAAAAGCACACAGAUCAGCGGAAUGUAGAAAGUGCCAUGUACAAGAAGAUGCUGGGGAAUCCAGGCAGCGCUUCCACAAAGCCUGCCUCCAAGUCUUCUUGGUCAAUCCCUUGGAAAUGGCUUUUUGGGGCAACAGCUGUGGCAAUAGGAGGCGUUGCCCUGUCUGUUGUAAUAGCAGCUCGUAACUAAACCACCAACAAGGAAUGUAUGAGGACCGAAGCCAUUACCUUCAGGAGGAAGGUCUAGCAACAGUGUCACCCAUUCUCAAACAACCCUGGAGUGGAACCUUGUAUGGAAACAGUGUUCAAGUGAGAAAAGAGAAAAUAUGCAUAAACUGUACCUUUUUAUAUAGGUGAACUCCAAUUUUGCUCACAUAAAUAAAUGUAAAAUUGUGCACCUGUUCAGGGAAAUGUGUAAUUUAAAAAAGGGGCGUUUUCAUUUGGCAUUGGUAACACUAAGAAAUUCAAUUCAAACCCUUAGAAUAGAGUCAGUGGCACAAUGGCGCUCUAUCUGAGAUAGAUACAUAGAUAUAUAUGUUAGGAGGUAUAUGUCCAGCAAGCUUUUGAAGCCAAAGACUGCAGAAACCUUUUCAUUCCUGGCCUUUGAAUUCCAGUGCAAGAGAGGGAGAUUAAAUGAAUCUGGGUGACCUGUAACCACAGAAAUAAUUUGAUGUCAUGAUGACACGGCACAUAGAUAUUGUUGUUAAAUGAAAGUACAUAUUACAUGUGUGUAAUACAUGUGUAUCUCACAUAUUUCUUGUGAGGUACUGAUCAGUUAUAAUUAUUUUAAGCAGAAACUUCUAGGACACAUGUAAACAUCUCAAAGUAUGAUAUGGUAUGUGUAACUAUAGAUGUAUAUAUAAUUCUAGAGAAAGGUAAAGUUUGGAGAGCUCUCUAUCAUGUACAGGGGGAAGGCAUAGAGGACCAACUUUGUAUUAUGUCGUGUUAGAGCAGUACAACCAAGAUCUGCUAUACUAGUUGUUUAAGUUGUUGGUGUGUUUCACACUGUUUUUUCAUUAAAAACUGGAACUUUCAGUUUAA